UUCAACAGGUUUGAUCUGUGGAUGAAAUGAAUCAUGAUUUUCAAGCUCUUGCAUUAGAAUCUCGGGGAAUGGGAGAGCUUUUGCCUACCAAAAAGUUUUGGGAACCUGAUGAUUCAACAAAAGAUGGACAAAAAGGCAUAUUUCUUGGGGAUGAUGAAUGGAGAGAGACUGCAUGGGGAACUUCUCACCAUCCACUGUCUCAACCUAUUACAGUACAGAGAAGAUCUGGACAGGUUUUUCAUGGAAACAGUGAAGUAAAUGCAAUACUGUCUCCGCGAUCAGAAAGUGGAGGCCUUGGUGUGAGCAUGGUAGAAUAUGUAUUAAGUUCCUCUCCUGCUGAUAAAUUGGAUACUCGAUUUAGGAAGGGAACUUUUGGCACUAGAGAUGCUGAAACAGAUGGACCUGAGAAAGGAGAUCAAAAAGGCAAGGCUUCUCCAUUUGAGCAGGACCAAAACAGAGAUCUUAAACAAGGAGAUGAUGAUGAUUCUAAAAUAAAUGGCAGAGGUUUGCCAAAUGGAAUGGAUGCCGAUUGCAAAGAUUUUAAUCGUACUCCUGGAAGUCGUCAGGCCUCUCCAACUGAAGUAGUUGAGCGCCUAGGCCCAAAUACUAAUCCCCCAGAAGGACUGGGGCCUCUUCCUAAUCCUACAGCUAAUAAACCACUUGUUGAAGAAUUUUCAAACCCUGAAACUCAGAAUCUGGAUGCCAUGGAACAAGUUGGUCUGGAGUCCUUACAAUUUGACUAUCCUGGUAACCAGGUACCAAUGGAUUCUUCGGGAGCUACUGUAGGCCUUUUUGACUACAAUUCCCAGCAGCAGCUCUUUCAGAGGACUAACGCACUAACAGUUCAGCAGUUAACUGCAGCUCAACAGCAGCAAUAUGCAUUAGCUGCAGCUCAGCAGCCACAUAUAGCAGGUGUGUUUUCGGCCAGCCUUGCUCCAGCUGCAUUUGUGCCAAAUCCUUAUAUUAUUAGUGCUGCUCCUCCAGGAACUGAUCCAUAUACUGCAGCAGGAUUGGCUGCAGCAGCAACAUUAGCAGGUCCAGCAGUGGUUCCACCUCAGUAUUAUGGUGUUCCAUGGGGGGUGUAUCCAGCCAAUUUAUUUCAGCAACAAGCUGCAGCAGUUGCAAACAACACAGCAAAUCAGCAAGCAGCGUCACAAGCCCAGCCUGGACAACAACAGGUUCUUCGUGCUGGAGCCAGUCAGCGUCCUCUUACUCCCAGUCAGGGUCAGCAAGGGCAGCAAGCAGAAUCACUUGCAGCAGCAAACCCAACUUUGGCUUUUGGUCAGGGUCUUGCUACCGGAAUGCCAGGCUAUCAAGUGCUAGCUCCAACUGCCUAUUAUGAUCAGACUGGUGCCUUAGUGGUUGGCCCUGGAGCAAGAACUGGUCUUGGAGCGCCUGUUCGAUUAAUGGCUCCAACACCUGUUUUAAUUAGUUCAGCAGCAGCACAAGCUGCGGCAGCAGCAGCAGCUGGAGGAACUGCAAAUAGUCUUACAGGCACCACAAAUGGUCUGUUUCGGCCCAUUGGCACUCAGCCACCACAGCAGCAGCAACAACAGCAGCAGCCAAGCACUAAUCUGCAGUCUAAUUCAUUUUAUGGGAGCAGUUCUUUAAGCAAUAGCUCCCAGAGCACUUCUUUGUUUUCUCAUGGACCUGGACAACCUGGAAGUGCAUCUCUUGGCUUUGGAAGUAAUAGCUCUUUGGGUGCCGCUAUAGGCUCAGCGCUCAGUGGAUUUGGUACAUCAGGAGGACUGACAAAUGGUAGUGGUCGCUAUAUCUCUGCAGCACCUGGAGCAGAAGCAAAAUAUAGAAGUGCUUCAAGCACUUCCAGUCUGUUUAGCUCCAGCAGCCAGCUCUUUCCUCCUUCUCGGCUUCGAUAUAAUAGGUCUGAUAUUAUGCCUUCUGGCCGCAGUAGAUUAUUGGAAGAUUUCAGAAACAACCGCUUCCCAAACCUUCAACUUAGAGACUUGAUUGGACACAUAGUUGAAUUUUCUCAAGACCAGCAUGGUUCUAGAUUCAUCCAGCAAAAGCUAGAGAGAGCUACUCCAGCUGAGCGACAGAUGGUAUUUAAUGAAAUACUACAAGCAGCUUAUCAGUUAAUGACAGAUGUUUUUGGCAAUUAUGUUAUACAGAAGUUUUUUGAGUUUGGGAGUUUGGAUCAAAAAUUAGCCCUGGCUACUCGUAUCCGUGGUCACGUACUACCCUUAGCCUUGCAGAUGUAUGGUUGCCGUGUUAUUCAGAAAGCAUUAGAAUCUAUUUCAUCUGACCAGCAGAGUGAAAUGGUAAAGGAACUAGAUGGCCAUGUGCUCAAAUGUGUGAAAGAUCAGAAUGGAAACCAUGUUGUACAAAAGUGUAUUGAAUGUGUUCAGCCGCAGUCACUACAGUUCGUCAUUGAUGCUUUCAAAGGACAAGUAUUUGUGCUUUCAACUCAUCCUUACGGCUGCAGAGUAAUUCAGCGCAUCCUAGAGCAUUGCACUGCAGAACAGACCUUACCUAUCUUAGAAGAACUCCAUCAGCAUACAGAGCAGUUGGUACAGGAUCAGUAUGGCAAUUAUGUUAUUCAGCAUGUACUGGAACAUGGUCGACCUGAAGACAAGAGCAAAAUUGUUUCUGAAAUCAGAGGAAAAGUUUUAGCCUUGAGUCAGCACAAGUUUGCCAGCAAUGUAGUAGAAAAGUGUGUUACUCAUGCCUCCCGUGCCGAGAGAGCUUUACUGAUUGAUGAGGUUUGCUGCCAGAAUGAUGGUCCUCACAGUGCCUUAUACACCAUGAUGAAGGACCAGUAUGCCAAUUAUGUGGUUCAGAAGAUGAUUGAUAUGGCUGAACCUGCUCAGAGAAAGAUAAUCAUGCACAAGAUUCGACCUCACAUUACCACUUUGCGCAAAUACACAUAUGGAAAGCAUAUAUUGGCCAAGUUGGAAAAAUACUAUCUGAAAAAUAGCCCAGAUCUUGGGCCUAUUGGAGGACCACCAAAUGGAAUGCUGUAAAGGAAAAGGAGAUGAAUUAACCAUGUGAAAAGAGUUUCUUUUGUGAAUUAUCAAAACACAACUCAACUAUGGAUCUUCAAUUUUUUUUAAAAGCAAAACUAUUUAUUGACUUUAUUCAUCCAUUUGUAAAUUUUUUAAGGUUCUUGUGUAUAUUUGGGGGGUGGGUGGUGAAUUAUAAGAAAUAUCCAGCCCUAAGCGGAGACCUAUCAGAUUGGAUUGCUGGCAAAGCACAGAAUGCCUGUAUAUGAUGUAACUGUAUCCAAAAAAAAAAAAAAAAACUGUCACAUAUUUUGUAAAUUUUUACCUUGUAAAGACACAAAAAAUAGUUUUUAAGGGAAAAGUACAGUAUUCUUUUAAUAAACUGGCUUGCAGUCUGGUAGGUCUACGACCCCAUAGCACAACAGGUUUAUAGAGAUGUAUAUAGAAUUAUCUUUCCCAUCCCCCCCUUGUCUGAAGCCUUUUAUAACAGAUUAGCAAUCAAUUACAUAAAUAUUAUUAGUAUUUUAAAUGAAAAAGUUAAGUUGUAUUUUGGUAAUUCACAAACCAUCAUGCAAGUAAAAACUCAGCGAGUAAGACAAGAGUUAAAUGAUUUGAGAAGAAAAUAAUCUACAUUAUUUAUAGCGGAUGUGGUUUUAAUCCAGAUACUGCCCUAAAAUGUCUCUGGCAAUGUACAAAAACUAUUGUAUAUACUUACAUAUGUAAUUGUUGUAAAAGGUAGAAAAAAAACAAAAUCAUGGUGACACUUCAUCCCAUUAAGUGCAGUAAUGAAAAGUUAAGUCCAGUAUUAACUUUUCAGUUUGAUUUGCAAUGAGAAAGAGUGAAAAUUUGUAUUUUGUUUUGCUAGUAGAACUAUAAAGGCAGGAGGUGUUGAGCUUUCCCAUAGUAGAUCCAGAAAGUAGGAACCAGGGAGACGUGAAAAGGGGCCACUGAAAAGUGAAUAUGAUAGCUCAACAUUUAAGUAUGAUUACAUAUUCAGAUAGCUUUUUUUUUUGCUUCCUAUAAAUAUAUGCAUUGUGUGUGUAGUGAUAGAUGUAAGUUUACACUUUGAAAGCAAAUCUUGUUUCAAUGCUUAUUAUUAAAGCCUUGCUAAUUUAGUGAUGCUUACCUUGGUUGUACAGCUGUACAUUUGUAAACCUUCAUGCUGUAAAUGGAAUUUGUUUUAUCUCUUUGGGAAACAUUUGCAUUUUAGUGUACAUUUAUGUCCCUGCCCUCUUUGACUUGGCAUAUAGUGUUGAAUAAUGUAAAUUUAUUUCUCCAAAUCAAGAGUGAUUUUUUUAAAAAAAUUUUUUAUCUUUAUAUGGUUUCAGAGGUAUGAACCAGCUUUCUUUUUAUUAUUGUGAUACACAUUUUGUUUUAUAACAUAGUUGUGACUCUGUUAAUAUGGUUGUGCUAGGAUUUGGGUCGCUUUCAAUUGAAGUCAGGGUAUUGUGCAUAAUAGAAAGUAUUGGAUGAGAGAUUUGGUUACCAUGGAGGCCAGUGCUUUUUCCAUCUUAUUAAAUGUUAUGUGACUUUUUUCUUUGUACAGAAGAGUACUGUAUUUUUGAAUAGCCUCCUCCCAAGUAAGAGCAAAUGUGUAUGAUAACAUUUUUUUCUCUGGACAUAAGACACAGUAACAUAUGAUGUACAUUUACAAGCGGCCUUAUGUACAUUUCCCAACAAUCUUUUUAAGGCAAAAUUGUGACCAUAUGUGUAUAAUUAAAAUCGUUUUUAAUCCUU